AUGGAUCCUAAAACUAGUUAUACAAACCUCUUGUUUAGUCAAUCUCAGACUACAGUGGACCUUGAUUCACCCGAACCUUUUUGGUUGGGUAGCCAAGGUCCUAAUGAGCCUGUUGUCGAGUCUGGUGGCGACCCUAAGGAGAGGAGGAAAUGGUCUCCGAAGGAGGAUAAAAUCCUUAUUGGUGCUUGGCUUAACACUAGUAAGGAUGCUGUCGUAAGUAAUGACCAGAGGGCUGGUGCAUUCUGGAAGCGCAUUGUCGAAUACUACAACGCAAGUCCGCAAUUGGCUGGGACAACACCGAGAGAGGUUUGUUCCUGCAAGAAGCGUUGGGGUAGGAUCAAUGCUGACGUAUCCAAGUUUGCUGGAUGCUAUGACGCCGCUCUGAGGGAGCAGAGGAGUGGCCAAAAUGAUGAUGAUGUGAUGAAAGCCGCCAUAGACAUUUUCUUAAAAACUAACGACUACAAGUUCAGCAUGGAUCACUGCUGGAGGGAGCUGAGGCAUGACCAGAAAUGGUGCUCCACCUAUGGGCCUAAAGAAUGUGGAAAGGAAAAGCGCAAAGGAGACGUGGAGGCUGAUGGAGGAGAUGAAGCAGAGGGCAGACCUAUUGGGGUCAAGGCUGCUAAAGCUGCAUCUAAGAAGAAGAAGAGUGGUAAAGAAGAGUCUUUGGCAAAGAUACACGCAAUCAUGGAAAUCAAAGAAAAGCUGUCUAAACAGAAGGUCCUUGAACGUCUUCUUGGCAAAAAAGAGCCACUCACUGAGAUGGAAACAUCUCUUCAACUCAAACUCAUGGCUGAGAUGUUAUGA